AUGUCUGGAGGUUUAUUGACCACUUUAAGAUACGGCACAGCAACUUUAGGAUUGCUAUCGGCACUCUCCCCUUAUGUAAGCAAGCACUGGAGGCUGGCUCCAAGUCUUUUGAGACCACUCCUGAACGUAUCCUGGGGAUACCUGUUCGGGUCUCACGUUUGGGAAGUGUUUGCGAACAGCUUGAAGGAUUCCACAGAAGAGGAGCCAGUGUUGGAAGCGAGUCCAGAAGGCCAAGUCAAAAAUACAGAUCUAUUUUACCUGUUGGCCUUAUUGGGAAACAGUGUUGUACUAUUCUCGACAUUUGGACUGGCCCCGUCCUUUAAAAGGCUGCAAAUGUGCGCAUACGUAUCACUAGUAUCGACGCUGGUGAACUACUUCCUCGUAGUACCGUACGUCUCUAAAAAAAAGUCGGAAUGUCUGAUGUUCAAGGCGGUCAAGCCAAAGACACUAUCGAGAUUCCUUUUGUUCACAACCCUCUUUUCAUUAACCUUAUACACAGUAUCAUAA